AACGCGUAGCUGAGACGGACCCCAAACGGAACUUGUACGGAAUAUUCAUCGUGAUUUAUCGGAUACCAAAAAUACCAACUGCACACAGCGACGCCGUUUGAACCUGGCUCAACGUCUGAUGCAGGCGAUCCUGUGACCAGUGUUCGGAUUACCCCCUUGAAACGCGAUCUGGUUUUUGCGACGCCGCGACUAACAGCUGCAGCACCCUUCAAGAUGCCCAAAGGCAAGCGUCGUGUUGAUAUCGAGUACCUGGAGAACGAACGUGCACGCCAGGUCACCCUGAACAAGCGCAAGUAUGGUCUGUUCAAAAAGGCGCAGGAACUGGCCAUCCUGUGCGGGUGUGAGAUUGGCAUUAUCAUUUACGACUGGAAGGACCGCAGCUACCUCUACUCGAGCAAGAGCAUUAGUGACACGCUCACCCGCCUGGCCAAGGACCAGGCGGCACCCCUCGAUGCCCACGACUCGGCAACCAUGGCCAAGUUGAUUGAGAAACGGGAGGGUGCGGUACGCAAAAGCAAUGGCAAACGCUCGCACGACAACUCGGAUGAUGAAGAUCUGGAUGACAACCUGACGGUCGACACCUCAGUGCCCGCAAACCCGGAAGUGCAGCGUGCUGCCUUCUCGGCCGUCGAGCGUCUGGACAGCCAUGGCAGCACGGCCAGCGGCGCCAGUCUGACCGUUCAAACCAACAUACCUGAUGCCACCAUGAAGCAAGCCUCCAUGCCCAAACCCCUCUCCGCCCUCAAUGAUUUUGCGUCCACCAUUCAAAUCAAGCAGCCCGUGACCAAGAAGCCAAAGAGUUUUCGCGAGGCCGACCUGCACCUUCCUCUGGGCCCCUCCACGGACAGUACUUUUCAGACGAAUGCCAAUACCUUUCCCAGCAAUCCGGGGCUCCCGGACUACAAUCUCGCAACACCCCGUGCCGUCUUCAAUUCGCCCAACUUUGCACAUGGAGCCUUCUCCAGCGACUCGGCCGGUGACCUGCUCUUAUCAACCUCCUUCUUGAGCACCCUGAACGUUGGCUUUACGCCUGAAGUCAACACUGACAUCACCGCCUCGGCUACCAACCUCAAAUCGGCUCAGCACAAACAUCUUGAGUCGCAAUUUGCCGGGGCUUUGAAUUCGGCUGAAACAAAGCCUGGCGAAACAGGUGCCGCCACUGCCAACCUAUCGCCAACUUCACUUGUACAGCUCAAAACGCCUGACAUGAUGAAGCUUAGGGAGGUGGUCAACACUUUGGACAGUACGCCCAGCCUCACCACACCCAAUCUCUCUACACCCAACCUCUCUGGAAUUUUGACUGGCCGAACCAUCUCCGCCACGGACUUGGAAGGCAUCGAUGCUUUGGCCCGAUUAUCUUCAGGCGACACAGCUGAGCUUGCAGCCAUCGCCACAUCGCGUACAAAUGCCCUGGCAAGGCAGCAAGACGCGGCCGAGACCAGCGACUGACCGCCUACACCCGUCCUCUCGCCCCUACUGUUUCUGCCCAUGCCAUGCCAUCAACAGGCGGUGCUGUGCGCCACCCCCUCAUUGCUCGAGACUGACUUGCUCAGACCUGGUGCUGAGUAUCUUAGCUCCCCACUCGUCGCAAGAGUAACAACACAGAGUGUGAACCCAAACGGUUGAACCGCCACAACGAAAAUAUGCGAACAAUCUUCAUAAUUGAACUUGUCAUGUC